AUGGACGCCGCCCCCAAGCUUGAAAACCUGAGGAAGUUAAGCUCCCAGCGUCUUCCUCCCCCGGUCCUGUUCCAAGGACCUCCGUCACAUAAUGCAUCAAACUUGUCUCUAGCGCCUCCACUGUCUACAUCCCCCGGAGGUAGUCAAUCAGUUCCCCUCCAGCGCGGCCGCCCAUCCAGGGCCACGGGAUCAUUCGAUGCCGCCUCUCUGUCACCGUUUGUCUCUCGUGCCCAGUCCAAGGGCGAAGUGGACCGAUCCGAGGCAAUCUGGCAGGAGAUGCAAAAUGCCCUAUCAGAGGUCGAGUUGAGCGCAGUAACUAGCGAGCAUGUAUUCGGCGAAAAGCAUUCCGAGGCACUCGAAGAUCUGCGGGUAAAGCAGUUGAAGCUCGCGCAAGCCUGGACUCGCAGUGAGGCCGAUGAAGUGGUUGAUGCAAAGGGCGCCGAAAGUAAGCGAAUCUCCUCCACGCGACGAGACUCGCAGAAUGUCGGCCCUACUGGCGAGCGCAUCCCAACGGACAAUCUCUCCCAUAGGAAAAUGGAUGAGGAAACGGAGAAAGAUAUCCAGCUAGCCCGUGAAAGGCGAGAAGCCAAUGAUCGGUAUUUUGAUCGAGUCAACAAUGGUGUCUUAGAGGUAGUCGCCAAGCUUGAGGAAGUUGCGCAAGCUAUGCGCGCCGUUGAAAAGGAGAGCAAGGACAUUUGGAGCGAUAAUGAGAGCAUGAACACUGCCACACCUCCAGCAACAAACGCCAGCUGA